AUGUACUGGAAGCAUGAGAACGCCGCCCCGGCGCUGCCCGAGGGCUGCCGGCUGCCGGCCGAGGGCGGCCCCGCCACCGACCAGGUGAUGGCCCAGCCAGGGUCCGGCUGCAAAGCGACCACCCGCUGUCUUGAAGGGACCGCGCCGCCCGCCAUGGCUCAGUCGGACGCCGAGGCCCUGGCAGGCGCUCUGGACAAGGACGAGGGCCGGGCCUCCCCCUGUACUCCCAGCACGCCAUCCGUCUGCUCACCGCCUUCUGCCGCUUCCUCCGUGCCGUCAGCCGGCAAGAACAUCUGCUCCAGCUGCGGCCUUGAGAUCCUGGAUCGGUACCUGCUCAAGGUCAACAACCUCAUCUGGCACGUGCGGUGCCUCGAGUGCUCCGUGUGUCGCACGUCGCUGAGGCAGCAGAACAGCUGCUACAUCAAGAACAAGGAAAUCUUCUGCAAGAUGGACUACUUCAGCCGAUUUGGGACCAAGUGUGCACGGUGCGGUCGACAGAUCUAUGCCAGCGACUGGGUGCGGCGGGCACGCGGCAAUGCCUACCAUUUGGCCUGCUUCGCUUGCUUUUCGUGCAAGCGCCAGCUGUCCACGGGCGAGGAGUUUGGCCUGGUCGAGGAGAAGGUGCUGUGCCGCAUCCACUACGACACCAUGAUCGAGAACCUCAAGAGGGCCGCCGAGAACGGGAACGGCCUCACGCUGGAGGGGGCAGUGCCCUCGGAACAGGACAGUCAGCCCAAACCGGCCAAGCGCGCGCGGACAUCCUUCACCGCCGAGCAGUUGCAGGUUAUGCAGGCGCAGUUCGCGCAGGACAACAACCCCGACGCACAGACGCUGCAGAAGCUUGCGGACAUGACGGGCCUCAGCCGCAGGGUCAUCCAGGUGUGGUUUCAAAACUGCCGGGCGCGUCAUAAAAAGCACACACCACAGCAUCCCGUGCCGCCCUCCGGGGGGCCGCCGUCCCGCCUCCCUUCCGCCCUGUCCGACGACAUCCACUACUCCCCGUUCAGCAGCCCCGAGCGGGCGCGCAUGGUCACCCUGCACGGCUACAUCGAGAGUCAGGUACAGUGCGGGCAGGUGCACUGCCGACUGCCUUACACCGCACCCCCCGUCCACCUCAAAGCCGAUCUGGAUGGGCCGCUCUCCAACCGGGGUGAGAAGGUCAUCCUUUUUCAGUACUAACGCUGCCGGCCCUGGUGCAUCUGUCCACGGGCACCCCCCAACUGCCCCGCAGCCGCUGAAAGCUGGUGUCCGAGCCCCACUUCCAGGGAUCCACCCGCUCCGCAUCCACCCCUCACCCGCCGUCCUGACUGCCACCAGCCGGGCCCCCGGGGCCUGGCCUUCCCUUCUCCUGCUGACAACUAGAACCUGCCAGGAGCACUGCGGGGUCCUCCUCUCAGAAGGCAGAGCUCCCUGAAAUUUGGAAUCUGGGUGAAAACAACGGCCUGUUUUUCCAUUUAGACAGGAGUCAUCUUCAACUUAAGCUGAUUACAAUAGCAAAAGGCCAAAUUGAAUCGUGCAAUGCCAACAGCCUUCUAAUUUACAGGUUUUCUUUCUUCCCGUAUUGGCCUUUAUUUACUACUUCCUUGCAACCAUCUCUGAAUUCUGAAUAGCCGACAACCCCCAAUGUUAUCCACUCUGUUGCUUUUGUCUGGAAAACUCUACAGUGUUUGUGGGAUGUCCCCAAAGGAAAGCUAUGUUCUAAUUUUAUCAUUUCCAUCUGUCUGGUUAUGUCAAGUUAAUUCAGAGAGAGAAGAGACACUGACCAACCCUGAGAGGCCCAACAGGGCAGAGAUGGAGGCUUGCCCAGACCAAGAGGCAGGGGGAUAGGCAGGGGCUGGGGUGGGG